AUGCUCUGGUCUCAGCUGGACUGCUUCUUUUCACUUCUAUUUAGUAAAGAGUCACCGUUCAUUAGAAAACAGGAUGGUGUCCCCUGCUAUUGCUUUGGCCUUUGUUCCCCUUCUGCUGACACUGAUAAUCAAGUACCGCUACUACUUUGUGCUGUUCUAUCGGGCGGUUCUGGUUAGGAUUUGGAAGGACUGUGUAACUGGUUUGAGCCGAGAAGAGCGUGCAUUCCAGUACGUUCUGACUAACUCCACACCUGGGGACCCAGACAGCAUCCUGGACGCUUUUGAUUACUGGUGCAGCAAGGUGGAGUUCAUCAGCAACAUUGGCCCUAAAAAGGGUAAGAUCCUGGACCGCCUUUUGUUGGAGCAAAGCCCUUUAACAGUGCUGGAACUGGGAGCUCAUUGUGGAUACAGCACCGUGAGAAUCGCCCGGGCUCUUCCUCUUGGGGCCCGACUCUACAGCAUCGAGAUGGAUCAAGGGAAUGCAGCCAUUGCUGAGAAAAUCAUCCGUCUGGCAGGUUUUGACGAUGACACGGUGGAGCUCAUUGUGAAUCCAUCUGAUGAAGUAAUACCUCGGCUGCGGUCCGACUACAACCUGGAGAGGCUGGACUUUGUCUUCAUGGAUCACUGGAAGAAAUGCUACCUGCCUGACCUACAGUUACUGGAGGAAUAUGGUCUGCUGGGAAAAGGGUCUAUGAUUGUGGCUGACAACGUGCUGUUUCCUGGGGCUCCGAAGUUUCUCCGAUACCUCCGGAAGUGCGGCUUGUAUGAAUGGAAGAUCCACCGAGCCAUGCUGGAAUACAGCAGGGGCAUCAGGGAUGGGAUGGCUGAGCUGAUCUACCAAGGAAUUAAAUAAGAUACCUUUACUAUUGAAAUACAUGUCAAUAAUGACAGAGAAUAAUUUUAUAGCAAUUUUGUUAAGAAAACUGUGACAAAGUAAAAAUGAUCUAAUUUUAAACUAACAUUUCAUUGUAUUAUUGGAAUUGAGCAUGACAGAAAGUAGCAACUGAUGGGAAAAAAAGUGAUUAGUGGUUCUAAAACGUUUAAAAAUUUUAUCUCAAAAUUGAGUUGUGCCAUUGCAUUCAGCCAUAUUUACUCUCAUAAUUUGAAAUAAAAUACAGUGCAAGCAAAUGUCUGAAGGGGUAACAUAGGCCAGUAGCUAAAAAAAAAGGGACCAGUAGAAACCAUGCUUAUGGGACACAGACAAAAUGUCGAAGAAGAUGCCCUGGUCAGACGAGGCUGAAAUUCUUCUUCAUAGUAUAUAUGCAAAACUAACUUGACAACCAUAUUCACAGAAAGACAUGGUAGUGCCAGCAUCAUGCUGUGGGAAAUCGUUUUGACAGGGAAUGAAUUAGGCCAAACACAAUACUUCCAGGACAAUCCUGGAAGGAACUUUUUUUUGUCAAAAGACUUUGACGAUGUGACAUAGCUUCACCUGCCAAUAGGAUACUGACCAUAAAUAUGAUGCUGGAGUUACAAAGAAAUUGUUUGUAUCAAAGCAUUUUUGUAAGUUGAAACUUAAAUCCAACUUAAAUACUUUAAAAAAGGCAAUGUAGUUUUUCUAGGUAAAUGAGGAAGGCAUUCUAUUUUUAUACCUAAGAUUUUAUUAAAACAGAAUUAAUAAGUAAAGCUUUCUGUAUCCACCCAAAUACUCCCCAAUGAGCAACGAGUCGUUGGGAAGUCAGUGCCUAAUUGGGAAAUUAGAUUUCAAUCUGUCAAUCAUUUUCAUGAUACAAGUGUAAACUGUAGAAAAUUAUUUUGAUUUAACUUUAGCAUUAAAAUCAGGAUUGAAAAUACUGAUCAGAGAUAAAAUAAAUAAAAUCUUUCAAAUAUCGUGAGUUGCAAAUGUUACUUAAAUGCACUUUGACAUCAGAGCUCCUGUAAAACUUAAGUUCACUGGCCCAGCUCCAGAAAAUAAACAUCGAAAUAAA